GCUUAUAUUAAGAGUCCAUUAAUUAUUACUCGUAUACAAUCUUUUUUUCUUUUUGAUUUCCAAGUAUAUCGUUAGCAUGAGACUAAUCCUUCUUUUUAUGCACAUCUCUGUAUAGUACAAAAAUAAAUAAAUAUAUAUACAAACAAAUUAUUACUAUAAUACUACUAUUUACCAAAACUGGGAUUACUCCUCCUCCGUCCGCCAUGGAAGAAAGUUCAUCACGACGUUCCAAACGCCCCUUUGUUGAUGAAGAUGACUCCAAUAAACCUCCUGAGCAGAAGCGGGUAAGGUUCCCAAAGGGUAAAAAGGCAAAGCAGGGCGAUAACACGAUUGAUGGGUGUGAAGAUAAACCUAGUAGGCUGACAGAUGCUCGCGCUGCAGCCAAAGAGCGUCUGGAACGGCGGAAUCAAAUAAAAAGGGAGCUCAUUGAUGAAGAAAUUGAAGGUGAAAUAGCUGACAUAUCACGGGCAGAAGUGGAAUAUGAGGAAAAUGAAACAUUCAUUGAUGACGGGAUUGCAAUAGAGCCUUUUAAUCUGAAUAAAGAGAGAGAAGAAGGUUUCUUUGAUGCAUCAGGAAACUAUGUUGAAUAUUUAAAUGAAAAUGAGAUAAAGGAUGCAUGGCUUGACAGUGUUGAUACUGAGAAAAGAUAUUCUGGGAAGAGUGCUAUGAAGAUAUCAAAUGAAGAUGAAAUUGAAGACAUUACAUCAGAACAACUAGCAAAGAUGAAGAGGCGAAUUGCUGAUGUGCUCGAGCCAGGAGAAACAGUUUUGCAAGGUUUAAGGAGAUUGAAAGGUACCUCAAACAAUAAAAAGGGCAAAAUGUCCGGAGAAACUAAGCAGCUGUUUGAUCAACUAACAGAAGACGCUAUGAAGCUGAUGGAAAAUGGAGAUUUCAAUGUGUAUGAUGAAAAGCAAGAGAGUUUCCAGAGGGAAGCAGAGGGAUACGAGAAGUUAGCUCUGGCAAGAUUGGGUAAAUCCAGUGAAUCAGUGCAACCUAAGACCGAUAAUAUCCUCGAUGAAGAUUUCCUUCCUAGUGGGUCAAAUGCUACUGCAGGAGGACAUUCUAUGCAUAAUGCAGAUGUGGCAUCAUCAAAUUCAUAUAACUCAGCUAGCAGGAGCGAUGAUGCAUUUGACAUGUUUGGUGACGGCGAUGAAAAUAUUCCAGCUAAUCCUGCUUCUAAUGGAGGUGAUCAGCAUGGCGAUUAUGUCUUUGAUGAGUCCUCUGGUUAUUACUACAGCAGCAGUAUGGGCUACUAUUAUGACCCAUCAUCUGGACUCUAUUGCAAUGCAUCAUCAGGACAAUGGUACUCAUAUAAUGAUGAAUCUGGCAUAUACCAAGAGGUGCCACAAGCUACAUCCGAUGCAAAUUGAAAGAGUUGAUGGCCUGGUGAUAUAGUUUUCUUUUACAGAGGCCGUUGAGUUUGCUGCAUUUGUCAAAUUUACUGAAUCUCAACCUUUGGAAACAGCAUAUUUGAGAGCUGCUUUUCAUACUCUGCCCAAUGCUCACUUCAAACAUGAUGGUUACAAUGGUAUAUUUUCGUUUGCAUACUAGUAGGUGUACAGUGAACUCAUAGCACGUUGAGACGGGCAAAACUUGCUUCUUGGAUGUGUGGUGACAGACGAAUCUCGUAGGUUUCUUGUUCUUGUAAACCACAAAGUGCUGCUAGUUUUCAGUGCAUCUUAAACUGUAAAAUUGUUUGUAGUUUGUUUCUGCAGUUCUAUUUAUGAAUGAUCAAUCGAAAACUACUGUUGGAAGCUGAA